AUGACGUCUCGGGACCACGCGAGCCCGUGGAUGGGCGCCGUCUCGCAGCCCUACCAGCCGCCCCGCCGUUCAUCCUUGCCGCAUGAAGCCCUAGUUGUCCCCACCGGGUUUGAGAUUAACCCGGCACAGCUGGGCGGCGCCGAUCUACGGCGUAACGCCUCGUGCAUUAUGCGACUUUCCGUUCCUUUCCUACUGUCUUCCCUAUCGUAUGUCCUUGGGGCUUCCAUCCCAUCCAUCUCCCACCAGCAGGAAUGUGUCAACAGUCCGACAAACCGCGCAUGCUGGCGCAACGGGUACAACUUGUCCACGAAUUACUACGAGGAGGUGCCCGAUACCGGAGUGGUCCACGAGUACUGGUUGAAUGUUGAAAACACUACGGCCGCUCCGGAUGGAGUUGAGCUCCCGGUGCAGCUGAUCAAUGGCUCUUUUCCAGGGCCCACGAUCAUCGCCGACUGGGGAGAUACCGUUGUGGUACAUCUCACUAACUCCCUCCAAACUAACGGCACUGGUCUGCACUUCCACGGCAUUCGUCAAAAUUGGGCCGACCAAAUGGAUGGUGUACCCAGCAUCACGCAAUGCCCCAUCGCUCCCGGACAAUCAUAUACCUACAAAUGGCGCGCAGUGGAGUAUGGCACUGGCUGGUACCACUCACACUUUUACGUCCAGGCGUGGGAUGGUGUCUUUGGUGGGAUUGUCAUCAAUGGCCCUGCUACGGCCAACUACGAUGUGGACCUUGGCCAUCUCUUUUUGAACGACUGGUAUCAUAAAACUGCCGACGAACUCGUCCUGCAGGCGUCCACCGAUGGACCGCCCACACCCCCCAACGGUCUGAUCAACGGAACCAAUACCUACGGCAGCUUGGGGUCUCGCUUCGAGACGACGUUUGAAGCCGGCACCAAAUACCGCAUCCGUCUGGUGAAUGCCACCGCUGACAAUCACUUCCGCUUCAUGAUCGACAACCAUACACUCGAGGUGAUUGCGACGGACUUUGUCCCGAUUCAUCCGUAUAACACCACCCAGCUCAGCAUCGGCAUGGGCCAGCGGUACGAUAUCAUGGAAGCCUGCUCCGAGACGGAUGCGUUGAACAACAUCAAGGGCAUUAUUCGCUACGACAACUCGUCCACAGCGGACCCCACCACCACCGUGUACAGCUAUACCGAUUCCUGCGCGGAUGAGGCCGCCUCCGACCUCAUACCCUACCUGACCAUCAACGCAUCGGACAGCUACGCGUACAGCACGGACGAGGACGUUGCCGUGCAAGAGCGCAUCAUCCACCUCCCCUACCGCGACCAGUGGGUCUACAUCGCCAUCCCCUCUCCCUUCGCCCAAGACCACCCGAUGCACCUGCACGGACACGACUUUUGGAUCCUCGCCUCGGGAUACGGCAACUUCGACACCUCGCAGACUGAUAGCUUAACGCUGGUGAAUGCCCCCCGCCGCGAUGUGGCCAUGAUGCCGGCGAGUGGAUACUUGGUGAUUGCGCUGAAGACUAACAAUCCGGGUGCAUGGCUCAUGCAUUGUCAUAUUGCGUGGCACACGUCCGAGGGCUUUGCGGUGCAGCUGCUGGAGCGUGCCUCGGAGAUCACGUACGACUAUGAGACGCUGAAUGGCACCUGCGCGAGUUGGAAGAGUUAUGUUGCGGCGCAGGAUGUGACGCAGCAUGAUUCGGGGGUGUAGGUGGGUAGAUCCAUAGUUUUUUCAAUAGGUGGUCUGGUUGACUGCCCUGGGAUUACAGCUCUUGGGCAAGGGUUUCAGACUUGAACAAUUAUUUCCACUGCCAUGGGCGUAAUUUUGUUGUUUUCUGUUUCUUUUUUGGAGGAAAAAAAAUUGAAGUGGAAUAUCGUCAAAGCCAGGAAGACGAUCAGCCCUCCUCUCAAACAC